GACUCGCCCCCAAGGCUAAAGGCAGCCAUCCCCAUCCCAGCCGGCUCCGGAAACGCCUGAGCGGCUUUCGGCACGUUUCGGAACUCUUCGUGCGGCCAUCGGGAACACCCGAGCGCGGCCGAGCCCCGUUGAUGAGAUUCGGGCAUUUCCGGAUAGGUCUGCGAGCACUUCGGCUUUCUCCGGAACGCGCGCGAGCAUUUCCGGUUACGGCAGAUAAAAGGCCAUUGGCUUCGUAACGGCGCUGGGUGCUCGCGCGCUCCCGAGAGCCGGGGCGGAAGUGCGGGUGGCGGAGACGUCAGUUCCGGAGAGUGACGGAGCGGCGGGUCAGAGGCAGCAGCAAAAUGGCGGCGCCUGAGGAGCGGGAGCUGACGGCGGAGCAGACUGAGAAGCUGUUGCAGUUCCAGGACCUAACUGGCAUAGAGUCCAUGGACCAGUGUCGUCACACAUUGGAGCAGCAUAACUGGAACAUAGAGGCAGCUGUACAGGACCGACUAAAUGAACAAGAGGGUGUCCCAAGUGUCUUUAAUCCUCCUCCAUCCCGGCCAUUGCAGGUCAAUACAGCUGACCACAGGAUCUACAGCUACGUUGUCUCAAGGCCACAACCAAGGGGCCUGUUAGGAUGGGGUUACUACUUCAUAAUGCUUCCAUUCCGAUUCACCUAUUACACAUUACUUGAUAUAUUUAGGUUUGCUCUGCGUUUUAUACGCCCUGAUCCUCGUAGUCGGGUCACUGACCCAGUGGGGGACAUUAUUUCGUUUAUUCAUAUGUUUGAGGAAAAAUAUGGGAGGAUACACCCUGUCUUCUACCAGGGAACUUACAGCCAGGCACUGAAUGAUGCCAAGCGGGAGCUGCGUUUCCUGUUGGUUUAUCUUCAUGGAGAUGACCACCAAGACACGGAUGAAUUCUGCCGCAAUACACUGUGCGUACCUGAGGUGAUCACCCUCAUAAACACCAGAAUGCUCUUCUGGGCUUGUUCAACCAACAAACCAGAGGGAUACAGAGUCUCCCAGGCUCUGCGAGAGAACACGUACCCAUUCCUGGCUGUGAUCAUGCUGAAGGAUCGCAGGAUGACAGUAGUUGGGCGGCUGGAAGGCCUUAUCCAGGCUGAUGACCUCAUUAAUCAAUUGAUGUUCAUCAUGGAUGCCAACCAGACAUACCUGGUGUCCGAACGCCUGGAAAGGGAAGAGAGGAACCAAACCCAAGUCCUGAGGCAGCAGCAGGAUGAGGCAUAUCUUGCAUCCUUACGUGCGGACCAGGAAAAGGAGCGCAAGAAGAAGGAGGAAAGGGAGAUGAAGAAGAGGAAGGAGGAGGAAGUGCAGCAGCAAAAACUAGCAGAGGAGAGGCGGCGGCAGACGCUGCAGGAGGAGAAGGAGCGCAAGUCGGAAUGCCUUCCCCCCGAGCCACAUCCCGAUGACCCAGACAGCGUCAAGAUCAUUUUCAAGCUGCCUAAUGAUUCCAGAGUGGAGCGGCGAUUCCACUUCACACAGUCCUUGACGGUGAUCCACGACUUCCUGUUCUCCUUGAAAGAAAGCCCUGAAAAGUUCCAGAUUGAGGCCAACUUCCCUCGCCGGGUCCUGCCCUGCCUCCCCACAGAGGAGUGGCCCAACCCACCCACAUUGCAGGAGGCCGGACUCAGCCACACGGAAGUCCUCUUUGUGCAGGACCUCACGGACGAUUGAUGCUUCUUUCCAGCAGCCACAGCAUGGAAAGAGAAAUUCAUAUUAUUAUUAUAAUACAAUAUUUUUUUUAAAUGACUGCGUACAAAAGAGGGAUCAGAGACCACGUGGCCUGUGCUGAGUGUGUGUGCACUGGCAAGAGGAAGUGUGUGUGUGCGUGGCCUCACACACCCCUGUGCACAGCCAUCCCCUACACUUGGAGGGCAGAGAGGGAGGGGAGCUGGUGUUGCCCCUCCAUCCUCCCUGGGGAGGACCAGGAAGGCAGCUCUUGGGAAUUCUUGCUUUUAUUGACGACAAUAAUAAUAAAACCCCGACAACCUGAACGUCUUGUGAAGAUUUUGAUACUGCUGCUCCUGCCAGCUGGAACACCGGGCACCUGAAUGUGCUGGGAGUGGGGUGGGAAGGGCGGGACAAAAUCUCUUCAGCUUCCCUCUGUGUAUAAAUAUCUUUCCUUUUAAUAUUUCUCUUGCUUUGUAAUGACCAAAGGAGAAGGGGGUUGACUGUAGUAUUAACUUUUUUGAUAAAGAGCUGGUUCAAUUCUUACCCGUGUGGGGUCUUGCCCAGGGUUCUUAGCCUGCGUAGUGUAAUAAACUCUGCCUCUAGCA